AUGACAGGCCAGACCAUCAACUACGACGCUAUACCGGGCAACACAAACCUUGUGGACCUCGACGGCAGCAUGGCUGCCCGUCACUCGUCAGGGAACAAGAAGAUUGUGCUGAUUCCCACGCCAUCUGACGACCCAGAUGACCCGCUGAACUGGACUCCGCGCCGUAAGUGGAUGUCGAUGUUUUGUGUUGUUGUUUACACUUAUGGUGUUGGUAUCCCUUCUGCUGCUAUCUACUCUGUUUUGACUAAUAUCUCAGCGAAGACCGGUAUCUCACUUGGUGAUUUGAACUCGGGUACCGGUUACAUGUUCCUGUUCUUUGGCCUGGGUUGUAUGAUCUUCCAGCCUCUGGCCUUGCAGUAUGGUAAGAGACCAGUGUACCUGUUCAGUGUUCUCGCCACCGCAUUGGUGUGUAUUUGGUCUCCAUAUUGUAAGACGAAUGCCGAGUGGAUUGGUUCUAAGAUUCUCCAGGGAUUUGUUGGUGCUCCAAUUGAGUCCCUGUGUGAAAUCUCUGUUUCAGACAUCUUCUUUGAACAUGAAAGGGCCACUGGUAUGAGCAUAUAUGGACUUGCCCUGCUUACAUCAAACUACAUCGCUCCGGUGGUGGCAGGCUUCAUCACUAACGGCAUGGAAUGGGAGUGGGUGAUGUAUUUCUGUUCCAUUUGGGGAGCAGUGGCGUUCAUCUUUCUGUUUUUGUUCAUGGAGGAGACCAACUACAACAGAAAAGUCAACCCUGUAAAGGUGCUUGAAGCUAUAACUUCCAUCGAUAUGGUUGCCGAAAGUGAUAUGAAUGUCUCUUCAGAUAACGAGAAAAUAAAUCCAGUUCUUUCAAACAAGACGGUGGAAGAAAGAUUAGGGAAUAUCAACGAAAACUUUGACACCUCUGACGAAGUUGAAUAUCCGAAAACUUCUUCAAGAACCUGGGUAGAAAAAAUGUCCUUUACGCAUGGUCUUAAGAGCAAGUUCCUCCUACCUCAUUAUCUUCUUGGUCCAUUCAAAAUGCUUUUCUUUCCAUCUGUCCUCUGGGCUGGGUUUGUUUAUGGUUCCUCUUUGGUUUGGUUUAACCUGUUGAAUGCUACUGCCGGUAUGAUUCUGACCGCUCCUCCAUACAACUUUUCUCCAUCUAUGGUUGGUUUGUCCUACAUUUCCCCAACAAUCUUUUCAUGUGUAUUCUUCUUCCUCUCAGGUGCUUUGUCUGACUGGAUGAAGGUGUUUUUCGCAAAGAGAAGACCUGAUGGUCUCUCAUACCCGGAAGAUAGACUUUGGAUUCUGAUCAUAUACAUGGUUCUAGGGUUCCUGGCUUCAAUUGGUUGGGGUGUGGGUGCGUACUAUGAGAAGCACUGGAUGCUUCUUGUGAUCUCCAUGGGUGUGCUCGGUGGAUGUGGUAUAUUUGGUGUUGCUGCUGGUGUCACGUACUGCUCUGAUUCCUACCACGAACUUGAUACAGAAGGUAUGGUGGUUGUGAUUGUUAUCAGAAACCUGAUGUCCUUUGCCUGUUCUUACGGUUUGACACACUGGGUCACAAACAUGGGGUUGAAGAACGCAUUCAUCUCCUCUGCUUGCAUCUUGUUGUUCUGUAACGGGACUUUCCUCAUUAUGAGAUACACUGGUCCAUACUGGAGAAAUAAGACCAAGCACCUCUACUGGAAGUUUGUCGAGGAGAACAGGAAAAUUCUUGAAGAUUAA